AUGGACCGCCGAACCGUGGUUGAGCGUCUGUUGAAGAGCCUCGACGCCUCGCAACUCGGUGAUAUUCGCCACGAGUUCUACGCUGCCGACAACCGUGUGACCGUCGAUGAAUAUGUAGAGCUCAUGCUGAGUCGCAUGGACGGGAUGUCUCGAGACGACCAGCAGCGCACGCAAACUUCGCAAGACAUCUUUCGCCGCUCAAACCUUUCUUCGUCUCUCCCAGAGCACUCCGCGGCGUUCCCCGCCUUUGCGUCUUCUUCGCCGAAUGAAGCGUCUGCUCCUGCAACGGCCGAUUCGCUCGCCAACUCUGCGAGAGAUCAUCGCAUGUUUAGUCGAGAUGCAGGCGACUGGGCUGAGGGUUCAGCUUUUUCUACCGAUCUCACAGGAAGAAGUAUUAGCGACUGCUUGUCUUCCCCGAACGCAAGGAGAGACAGCGCUUCUUUAUCGCACAUUUUUGAAGCCUUGACGGAAGCGGAGAGCGAGGAGAAAGACUUCGCCAGAGAGAGGAGAAACAGAGAAGCCGUGCCCCGGUUGCACGAACUGGGAGAACGCCACGAAGAAGUUGCAGCUCUGCUCAUUGACGUCUUCGACGCAAUCGACACCGAUGGGGCUGGUGUCAUCUCUUGGGAAGCAUUCGCCAACGCGCUUGUGAAUCAAGGCACCGCCCAGGACGGCAGCUCAGGAAACGCGAGCGACGUCGAGCAGUACCAAUUCGUAGGGUCCACAACGCUAACAAACAGCCACGACCGUAUUGAAAAGGUCGUGUAUAUCGAGGAGAUUGAUCGCCUCUUUUGUCUCUACUACAAAGCGAAGGAAUUCUCUGUUGUCGAGCCUCUUCAUGGAACUUUGGACCUCACAGUUUCCGUCCCCUCCGGAUCUCUCGUAGACCUCUGUUACAUCCCGCCGUACUCGCAGGUGGCUUCAAUAGACGACGACAACCUCUUUGCCUCUGCUUCGGCAGACGCUUCGAUUCUUCUCUGGGACGCAACGCGCUCAACGCCCCUGCGCACCCUCAAAGGACACAAAAAAGGUGUUUUCUCUCUCGCCUUCUCAACCGACUUUUCCUGUCUCCUCAGCGCCGGCCUCGACAAGGACGCCUUGGUUUGGAGUCCCUGCAAUUUGACGAAACCGAUUUGUCACCUUCAAGGCCAUCCCUACGCGCUGUGCGGGGUAGCCGUGGUGCCUGGAACACCGCAGGCGGUGACUGCAGAUGCCUCGGGCGCUCUGCGCCUCUGGGAUUUGAGAAAUUUCCGGUCUCUUCAAACCCUUGGAAGUCGUAGGGAGACGCACCGCCGUCGCCGCGCCCAAAGAAGGAGCGGAAACGGCGGAGAGGGGAGCGCCAAAUCGAAGUGGAAAGAGAAGGCAAACUCCCGCAUUCUCCCCAGGGACGCGGAGACGGCGGACCUGCGACACAAAGAAGACACGGACAGAAACUGGGAAGGGGGUCGGAUGUCCAGUUACGGCGAGAUGAGUUCCUUCUGCGUUUUGCCGCCACACAAAAGGAUCGCCACGGCGAGCUCGCGCGUUGACUUUUACGAACUCGCCGGCGGUCAAAGUCGCGCUGCCUUCUGCACUGAAGUCCAAGGUUGUAGAGACGCGCUUUUCAGCCCAGACGUUGAUGCCAUCUUGACUGCCGGCAAAGACAGGAUCCAAACCUGGAGCGCAGAGACUGGGUUGCCAGGAAACGUCUUGCACGGGGGGCGAGCCGAGAUCACUGCGAUAAGCUUCGACGUGCGCGCACGGCUCCUCUACGUGGGCGACGCCAGCGGGAACAUUCGAAGCUUCAAUGCACUCACAGGCGCUUUCUUCCAGGCCUUCACGAAGCAUCCGUGCGACGUCUGCCUGCUUUGCUUCUGGCCUGCAUCGUCGAAUUUCUUGUCGGCGUCUUCAGACGGCCUUGUAAUGCUCCAAGAACAAGACACCGACCGCGCCGCUGUGAGGUCUUUGGAUUUCCUCGAGCCUCUCAGUCUCCUUGCAGUCGCGGACCAAUCCGGGGCGAUAUCGCUGUGGCAGCCGAGCAGCCGGACGGCGCCUUUCUCGCAGUGGGUCUGCGUGUACAGUUGGGAAAAUCUGACGCGCUUCAACUUCCUUCUUCUUCGAGAGAGAGACAGCGAAGGAGAGAUCCCCGAAAGCGAGGAUGGAGACGAGCCUCCAGAUCCGGCGCUCGCCUUUUCCCCAGCUAAGCAGGCAGGUGGGAGCAUCUUCUCCUCCGCUUCCCACCUGUCUCCAGGCACGGCUGACGCCGACACUCCUCGCCGAGGCGAAGUGACGCUCGCGUCUCGCGGGCGCAAGGGGCCUUCUUCCGGCUCCGCCCUCGCCGCUCAAAACGGCGGGAAUCUCCAGAGAGGAGAAGACCGCAUCCAGUCUCCCGAGACGUGCUGGAGGCUCCAGAGCCCGACAGCUGAUUUCCCCGGGAGCGACGCUUCGGCGCAAUGUGAACCUCCUUCUCUGCUUGUUCCCGGCACUGCGCAACCGUUCUCGGCCGAUACGACAAGUUCCCCAAAGGCAGAAAACACGCCGCGAACCCUCGCGAAGCUUUCAGCGAGCGCGCCGAAGGGCGAGGACGCGAGAGCGGGGCUCUCUGUGGGGGGGAGAGGGAGGACUCGGGGGUUUGCCGAGGAGAAAAAGAGGAGCGGAAGAGGGGAACUGCGACCUCAGUGCAGCAUCCCAGGCCUUUGCUUCACGUAUCGAAGAAAGCUGAAAGUAGACGACGCGGAAGAUAUCGUCGUUCCAACAGCCGUCACAGUGGUCAGGUUCAACACCGUCCAGCCUGACAAGACACAAAUCUACAGCGCCGACGAGAAGGGCUUCGUGCGCUGCUGGUCACUGGAGCCUCUUCUCGCCGCAGGACGGCUGCGAAAGCCUCCCGUUGGGCCUCGCCUGCCGCGGCGCGCCUGUGCGUCUCCGUCCCCGUUUUCUUCCGCGGGUCUCGGAUCGAUUUUGGCCGAGGGGAAAGCAGACGGCCUCAGCGCGCGUCUGAAGCGCAACCGCCGAGACCGCGUCGGAGUCAUCAGUUCGCAGAUCCAGCAGUGGGAAAAACGCCUCCUUUCUGAAGAGAGCUACAGUUCGAUCGACACCACGCACUCGGCAUCCACGACGGCCUUGUCGUCGUCGCGGACAACUCGACAGGAAGCGACAGGCGACUCUUCAAAAGACCGCGCUCUCGACCCCUUCCCGCUCUCUUUCGAGCAGGCUGCCAGGCGCCGGCAGAGCGACGGAGAGGAGCGACGAAGAGCCGAGGGAACAGAGAAGGCAGAAGCGCAAGGAGAGAGAGAAGAGGAAGAAGGAAGAGGAGAAAGAGAAGCGAGAGGAGGUGAAGGGGACAGACGACGGCGCGAAAGACCUGCUGGCUCGGAAGCAGAGGCGAGGCAGAGACAAGAAGAAGCAAACGUCCCCUUGUUUAAAGACCCAUCUUGCCUCAGCAACCUCCAACCUGGCGCGUUCAUUACUCAGCUCUCCCGAGGCGGCGCCGCAGAGGGCGCCGGAGAAGACGGAGGAGAAGGGAGCAACAGACAAGAGGAAAAGAAAGCCGAAGAGAGCGGACGACGGGACACGAAAUUGGAAGGACGACAAACAGCGCCUGGGGACCGUGGAAGCAGUCCUACCCAACAAAUGAGUCCAGCCACCCGGUGGGGCUCCAGGAGCCCCAAGCCCACCGCUGAGGUGACGCUUCUCUGGGAGCGAGCUGCGCACACCGACGCCAUUCUGGCGAUGCAUGUCUACGGGUCUUCGUCUCUCAGCCAGGCCUCUUCUUCCUCGACUCCAGAUAUCUUCCCUGAGUCUCUCGCGCCUUCUUGUUCAGCUCCAGCUGGAGACAAGGCCUGUGCAGAUGUUCCGUUGCCUCAGCUGCCUUCCGUCCGUUAUGAGAAGGAUCGGGGCGGCGAAGAAAAGGCGAUAGGCCUCGGCGGCGCGCGGGGCGACACGUACACGUCUCCUGCCUGUCCUUCUCAGGACUCAAAGGCACCCAAAAAAAGGGAUCCGGACGGUUUCCCGAGAACGGCUCCAGCUGAGACAGAGACUUCUCCUCCGCCGGCAGGAGCUCUGUCGCCUUCCCCCGGCCGACCAGCGGGAGAGAACAACGCAGCAGAGAAGGAGACGCCCUGGCUGCUCACCACAGGGGCCGAUAAACUCGUGAAGACGUGGUACGGCGACGGGGCACCGCUCGGGAAGCUUUCAAGUGAUUCAACCCGAUACUGGACAUCCUUGGGGAACCGCGAGGCGCACUGGGCCCAAAGGCUUGAACAGGCGAAAGAGAUGCUGUCUCUCCUCGCCGAAAGGUUCUUUCUCCAAGCUUCUUCCUCCUCCUCUGCUUCAUCUUUUUCGUGGUCUUCCUCGCCAUCUUCGUCUGCGCGUUGGCCUCCCGCAGAGAGGCAAAGAAACCUUUCCUCUGCUGCUUCAUCGCGGAACCAUCCGCUCUCUGAGGAAGAGUGGGAAGCAGCGAGACGAUUUGAAGAGGUAGAAACUCGGGAAGCAUCUCAGAGUCUGUACACCACCAGGGGAAAGGAAGGACACAUCCACACGCUCAAGUGA